AUGAUUUCUCAUGAUAUUCAGAAAGAUAUUGUGGCUGGAUGUAAGAUUGAAACAAUUAAAGUUAUAAUAAAGGAUUUAGAUGGUGAUUACUUUUCUUUGUUGGUUGAUGAAUCAAGAUACAUAUCACACAAAGAUCAAAUGGUUAUUUGUUUACGAUAUGUUGAUAAAAAGGGAUUUGUGAAGGAAGCAUUCAUUGGACUUGUUCAUGUUAAAGAUACUAGCGCUUUAUCUCUAAAGAAAGCAAUUGUGGAUGUACUUGCUAACCAUUCUUUAACUUUAGCUUUAGUACGAGAGCAAUGUUAUGAUGUGGAAAGCAAUAUGAAAGAUUUCUUGAAUCCAAUUGAUUCAUUUUCUAGUUUUGACAUCAAAAGGAUAUUGGUGAUGCAUAAAUUAUAUCCUGAUAACUUUGAUGAAUUUAAGAUGAGGGCUCUUGAGAAUCAACUUGUUAAUUAUAUUAUUGAUGUUCGUGAUAUUGAUAAAAGAUUCUCUAGUUUAGGCAGACUUGAAAUUUUUGUAAGAAAGUUGGUUGAGACAAAGAAGCAUUUAAGUUAUCCUUUUGUAUUUCUGUUAGUGAAGUUUGCUUUGCUUCUAGCCGUUGCCAUAACAUCAGUUGAAAGAACUUUUUUAUCAAUGAAGUAUAUCAAGAAUGAUUUUCGGAAUUGA